AUGCCUUCGAAUUCAUUAGAAACAAGAAGACAUAAUCGUCGUCAUCGUCGACAAUCAAGAGCACGUUUAUCGUCCGAAGAAAUUGAAACAAUAAAUAUUGAUAAUAUACCAUCGCCAGCGAAUACAAAUAAUUUAACAACAAUUCCAGAUGAACAUUUUUCGUUAGAAGAAAUUGAAACAAUAAAUAUUGAUGAUGUACUAACGCCAGCAAAUAUAAAUAAUACAACAACAAUUGUUAUGUCAUCAUCAUUAGAGGAAGAUGAAACUGAAGAUGAGUCACCAUUAGUAAAAAUUAUUGAAAACAAACAACGAAAAGAUUGGGCUAAAAUUGCUGCACCUGUAGAAGAAGAUCAAAUAAAAAGAAAAAAAGAAUCAGUGAUAACAAAAUUAGCAAAAUUCUUUUCUAAAAUUCCAUCACCAAUUGGACUUUUACUUGAUUCUAUCGAACAUUAUCAUGGUUAUACAAUACGUUCUUAUUUUCAAUUUGUUAUUUGGUUAUUUUAUUUAAAUAUUUUUACUUUUAUUAUUUGUUUUACAUGUAUUGUAAUGCCAACAUAUAUUUAUCCAAAUUCAGUAGAUUUUUCUAUAUAUGCUAUGGAUCAAUAUUAUGAAAUAAAUAAUAUUCCAAUAAAUAAUCAAUCGUCUGAACAAUGCACUUUAAAUGAUCCACAAUGUAAAAUUCUAGAUAUACCAUUUUCAAAUCAAAUCAUUGAUUCAAAUGAAACAUGUUUGAAUGAUUCAUUUCUUGCUAGUAGAUGUUGCUCAUUACAAACGGACGCAGUUUUUGUUAAUUCAUCACGUGAAAGUGAAAAUGAUCAGUUAAAAUUCUUGAGUGAUCUUAUCGCUGGAACAGGAUUUUUUGCUCUUAAUCGAUUAUUUAUUGGUUAUUAUAGAAAUUUAACAAAAUCCAAUAAUGAUAAUUCAUAUUUUCAAACGUAUAAUAUGGGUUUAGCUGUUUUUCUGACAAUAUUUAUUUGUCUUUUGAUAACAGGCAUUAUCAUUAUACAAAAAUAUGGUAAUGGUAUGAAAAAAAGUUAUGUACAAGAUGAAUCAUUUGAAAAUAAUCUUUUUCAAUAUAUAUUUGCUCGAUGGAAUUAUAGUACAACUAAAAGAAAAAUUGCUCAUCGACAUGAACAUCGUUUUAAAAAUGAAAUAAAAAGUAUUUUAUUAGGACGAAAUGAUAAAAUAAAUUUUAAAUUUAUUCGAGCAAUUGAUAAAAUUUUAUUUCAACUUCAACGUAUAAUGAUUUGGAUUGUUACAUUAAUUAUAUUUAUUGGUGCAAUUGCUGUUGUCUAUUUUACUAAUCAAUUUACUUUUCAAGAAAGAGCAAAAGUAGAAAUGGAUGAUGGUGUUAGUCAAAGAAAUCGUCUUGCAGAUAUGGCUAUUGAAUAUUUACCUUCGGCAGUAGUUUCUAUAAUGAAUUUAUUAUCACAAUUAAUAUUUGCUUAUAUGAGAGAUUUUAAAUUAUACACACGUAUAACUUCUGUUCGUCAUUAUUUAAUUCGAGUUAUCAUUAUGCGAUUACUUUUACUUUUUACUUUUGUAUUUAUUAUUAUUCUACAAAUAACAUGUAAUAGUAAUCAAUGUGGAAGACAAUCAGAAUUACUUGGUUGUGCAAAUAUUAAAGGAGAAGCAACUUUUAUACAUUGUUGGGAAACUUUAAUUGGUCAAGCUAUUUAUCGACUUGUUAUUACCGAUACUGUCGUUAUGAUAAUUAUACAUUUUAUUGUCGAUCCAUUACGAAGGUAAUAUGUAAUAAAAAAAAAAAAACUAAAAUUAUACCAAUUCGAAGAUCGAUAGAGAAAUUCUAAGAAAUACUUCUUUUUUUUCUGUUAAACUUUCACGCUUCAAUUAGUUUGUAGAUCUUGAAUAAAGAUUUGUGUCUCAAAAUUCUUUUUGUCUAAUAAGUCUAAUCUUAAAGUAUUCGUUUCGAUUUUAAAUUAUGAAUCAAUUGUAAAAAAAAAAAGAAGGAUUCUAAAGACAGCUUUACUUGAACUUACAGUUAUAUCACGUUAGUCAAAAUAAACGACAUACUCAAUUUUUUCGAUAAGAUCUUUGCGUCAUAACUGUUGUUGCCUCCUAUUUAUAACACAUAUAAAUGUUCGAUUUUUGAACUUAUUCUAAAAACUUCAGCUCGAUAGAUGAAGAACUUGCUGAAAAAUCUAUAAAUAUAUCUUAUAUACUUCUGUAUCAGAGAAACAAAAAUUUAUUGUUCUGUAUAUCUCUCUCUGUUACUUUAUAUUUCAUUUGAGAUCUCAAAUAGAAAUUAUUUGUAUUUUGAACAUGACUUGUAGAGAGAAAUAUUUCUAAAUGGUUUUCUCUGUAAGCCAUGCUCAAAAAGCAAAUAACUACUGUUAGAAAUCUCAAAUGAAAUAUAAAGUAACAGAGUGAUAUACAGAACAACAAAUUUUUUUUUCACGGAUACAUGAAUACAUCAAACAUAUUUGUAGUUUUUUUUUUGGACAAAUUCUUAAUCGAGAAGACUGAAAGUUCUAGAAAAAGUUAAGUAAAUUAGAUAUGUCAUUUAUUUUAACCAAGAGAAUAGAAUUAUUUAAUAUAAUCUAACAUGAAUAUUUUUCAUAAAUCUUUAAAAG